AUGGGUGGUAAGUCAAAGAACAAGGAACAAUUACAAUCUCAAGAUUCAUCUGAAACUAUUGAGAAGAAACAGAAUGUGAAAGGGAAGAGAUUGUGGCAGAAAGUGAAGUAUCAAUUGGUGGAAUAUCAUUCAUUGCCUGCUUAUUUGAGAGACAAUGAAUACAUCAUUGGUCAUUACCGAUCCGAAUGGCCGAUCAAACAAAUCCUUCUUAGUAUCUUUACAAUUCAUAACGAGACUUUGAAUGUUUGGACGCACUUGAUUGGUUUUUUCCUGUUUCUUGCACUUACCAUAUACACAGCGACAAUGGUACCGAGCGUUGUGGAUCUUCAUGCUCUUCAACACCGUUUACCCGAUAUUUUGAGAAAAACAGAUGUUCACAAGCUCAUGUCUCGUCUUCCUUCUAGUCCAUCUAGUUGGCAUGUUAUGGAGCUUCUUUAUAACUGUUUACCUGAAAGAUUCUCUCAUGGCAACUACACCGAUAUGUGUGUUCUGCAUUCGAUGAGGGAAGAUCUUGCAAACAUGAUAGCUCCUUUAAUCUUCAGGCCAAUUACCCGAUGGCCGUUCUACGCAUUUCUAGGUGGCGCAAUGUUCUGUCUAUUAGCAAGCAGCACGUGCCACCUCCUCUCGUGUCAUUCCGAGCGAGUCUCUUACAUAAUGCUUAGGCUAGAUUACGCAGGAAUCGCAGCUCUCAUCGCUACUUCCUUCUACCCUCCGGUCUAUUACUCUUUCAUGUGUGAUCCUUUCUUCUGUAACCUCUACUUAGGAUUCAUAACAAUCCUAGGAAUCGCCACCGUGCUUGUCUCACUCCUCCCUGUUUUCCAAAGCCCGGAGUUUCGGGUCGUGAGAGCCUCUCUGUUUUUCGGAAUGGGAUUCUCCGGGGCAGCUCCGAUUCUACACAAGGUUAUCAUCUUUUGGGACCAACCUGAAGCGCUUCACACGACAGGUUAUGAGAUCUUGAUGGGUUUGCUUUACGGGUUAGGAGCUUUGGUUUACGCGACUAGGAUUCCAGAGAGAUGGAUGCCGGGGAAAUUCGAUAUAGCUGGACAUAGCCAUCAGUUGUUUCAUGUUCUGGUUGUUGCUGGUGCCUUUACACAUUAUAGAGCUGGACUUGUUUAUCUUAAGUGGAGAGACAUUGAAGGAUGCUAA